AUGGAUGCUUAUGUGGUUGCUCGCUGCGGUCCUCAUCUACGCGAGAAAGUAGCAAUGCGUUUCAUUAAAUAUUAUUGCACAGUUUUGCUUUGUAUAUUUUUUCAACUAACAACUGUCACUGUAUGUCAGAAUGAAAAUAUUAAUUUAAUUCCAUUAACACGAAAAUACGGGCAAGCACGGUUUACGCUACCAUUUUUUGGUAGCUUUCGUAGUCUACUACGCGUUCUACGCCCCAACACUCAUAUAGGUCGGAAAUCUGAUUAUCGCAGUGACUUUGAUGAAAAUUACAUAAAUUAUCAUGGAGCACAAUUAUGGAAGGUACUCUUUCAUCCAACAACAAAACGUAGCAAUGGCACGGAUCUUGGACGUUUACAAAAAUUUAUCGAAAAAUAUGGUACUGAAGUAUGGAACAUUAAUCAAGAUGGUAUUGAUAUAUUAAUUGAUUACAAACACACUGCGGCGGCAAAAGACUUCAUAUCGAAAACAGAAUUUACAUACAAUAUUAUGAUCGAUGAUUUAGAAACGGCCAUCGAUGACACUUAUAUGGAAGUGAACAAUAGCAACUCAAACAUGCCCUGGUUGGAGAGAGAAAGUACAAUAAUGAAUUGGAAUCGAUAUCACGACAUUGGUGAUAUACAACAGUUUAUGCAGCACAUACUAGAAACUUAUUCAGAUUUAGCAGAAAUUGUGCAGAUUGGGCUAACAAAUCACAAAAGACCAUUAGAAGUUUUAAAAAUUUCAAAUGGUGAUCCAAAUAAUUGGGCAGUUUUCAUAGAUGCUGGAAUGCAAGCCCGAGAUUGGUUAAGCCCAGCAGCUGUUACUUAUGCCAUUUCUAAAUUAACUUGGCUUUGGGGCAAUUAUACAGAACGAAAUGCUAUGCGUAACAUUGAUUGGUAUUUCUUGCCAAUUACAAAUCCUGACGGUUAUCAGUACUCGAGAAUUACAGAUCGUCUUUGGACUAAGAAUCGACAUUUUGAUAGACAAACUGGUUGUUAUGGUGUUAAUUUGGAUAGAAAUUUUGAGUAUCAAUGGGCUGGUGCAGGAUCUUCAGAAAGUCCAUGUAAAAAUUUAUAUCGCGGGCCUACAAAAUUUUCUGAACCAGAGACUAAAGCAAUACGUCAAUUUAUGUUAAAAAUGCGAGACUAUUUGGGUGCUUAUAUAUCAUUUGGUGCUUACGGGCAAGCAAUUGCUUAUCCCUGGGGUGAUGCAGACUAUGUUACCAAUAAUCAAAGAAGUUUACACAAAGUUGCACGCAAAGCAGUUUUAAAUUUUCGUAAACUAAAUCAAGCAGAAUACCGUAUUGGUUCUGGUUAUCGUCUUAAACUGUCACACGCUGGUAACUCUGCAGAUUGGGUGCAGCAUCGCCUCAACCCAAAAUUCGUUUAUAAUGUGUAUCUUAAAGAUCAAGGACGUUACGGUUAUUUAAUGCCACCACAUUAUAUUGUAGAAUCGGGUGAAGAAGUUUACGAAUUUAUGAAAACUAUUGCUGCAGCUUUAAGUUGA